AUGGAGGACCCUGCCAACACCACAACAAAGCGCAAAAGGGACGAAGCAGAGAAGGAAAAGGAAGAGGAGCAGCAGGGGGGCGGUGGCAGCACUCAAUGUGACGUCGACGACGACAAGAAGAGGAGGAGGCGCGUAGUGUACUCGCAAACCUUCACGAUCACAUUUGGAGACCAGGCCGAGAACCACGCCGGCAUGCAGAUCCUUGGCCAAAAGGCCAGCGAAGGCUUCACGCUGGAGGACCUCCAGACGGCCAAGGCUUGGUUCGAAGCGCAGGGCGUCACCGUCGAGCUGCACCACCUCAACGAGGCCCUUCCUUCAAAAGACGCCUACGUGCUGGUGGCCCGGAACGGGCUCAAGGCCCUCAUGGGCGACGCCGACGCCUUCCACGAGGAGCAGGCCGGGCUCCAGAAGGACUCCAAGGCCAAGAUGUACGGCCGCGUCGUCGAGAAGCGCGCGCGCCACAACCUGUGCUUCGCCGCGUCAGCUCAGACGCCGGACUACGACAGCGGCAAGGGCACCGUCGUGGCCUUUGACCAAGUGCCUCUCCUCAAGAAGACGCGCGAUGCGCUUGUCGACCUGCUGGGCGACAAGGCCAGCGGGCUCGUGGCCGAGGGCAACUACUACUUUGACCCCAGCAAGUGCGGGAUCGGCUUCCACGGUGACGCCGAGCGCUGCAAGGUCGUGGCGGUGCGCACAGGCGUCGCUCUGCCGCUGCACUACCAGUGGUUCCUCGAGUCCAAGCCCGUCGGGCAGCGCGUGAAGCUCCUUCUCGAGCACGGCGACGUCUACGUCAUGUCCGAGAAGGCGGUCGGGACGGACUGGAAGAGGCGGCAGGUCUACACCCUCCGCCACGCCGCCGGAGCCAAGAAGUUCCUCACGAUCAAAUGA